UUAACAACAGCUCCCAUGCGCAGUGUUACGUGUGCGCAUAUCAGGUUGCACACUUGUAUGUUACGAAGCAUUUGUACAUCUAACAAUGUGAGUCUUGCAGGAUUUGGUGUGUGUAAUGAGUUACCUCCCUUGCUUGAAGCUCUCAUGUCCUGUAGGACAAACAUGGCGACCCUGAAACUAUUUUCGUCGAGUCGGUCAGUACAUACCACACUACAGAAAUUGGUACGACCAGGCGCCUGUGUGUACCAGCAGAAGAGGACAAAAUACAUGAAUAUUACCAAAGAUCCCAGUCCUUCUAAUUUUGGUGGCAUGUCGAGCGAUCACGUUGCUAUUCUAUUCCUCAGGGAAACUUUGAGAGGACUUGGAAUUAUCACUGGUAUGAUGUUUAAGGAACCUUCCACCAUCAAUUACCCAUUUGAGAAGGGGCCUCUGAGUCCACGUUUCCGAGGAGAGCAUGCCCUCCGUCGCUAUCCGUCUGGGGAGGAGAGAUGCAUUGCAUGUAAACUGUGUGAAGCAGUUUGUCCAGCUCAGGCUAUUACCAUUGAAGCUGAACCGAGGACAGAUGGCAGUCGACGGACAACGAGAUAUGAUAUUGACAUGACAAAAUGUAUUUACUGCGGCUUCUGUCAAGAGGCAUGUCCAGUGGAUGCUAUUGUUGAGGGUCCCAACUUCGAGUAUUCAACAGAAACACACGAGGAGUUAUUAUAUAACAAAGAAAAGUUGUUACACAACGGAGACAAAUGGGAGGCUGAGAUUGCUGCUAAUCUUCAGGCCGAUCACCUCUAUAGAUAGACUUGAACAGUGUAGACACCCAGACAGAUUGUACAUACUUACUGUAUACUAUUGUUAAGAAUAACACAGCUGUACUCAUUCUUCAAUGUAUUGGUUUGACAUGUUGUGCAUUGGAGGAU